AAGUCUGUAUUGCUUGCUGCUUUGACCGAGUAGAGGGUGAGGCGCAGUGAGCACUCUGAGCCGGGUGAGUUUAAGGAUACGACGUGAUUCGGCCCAGUGAACCAAGUUUCCCUGCAGCGACAAAAUCACAACGGACCCCGUGCUGAGCCGCAACGUCGACGGGCUGCUGCAAAAUCAACAAACCCCUCGGCAGCUCGAGUCCGCGGCCAUGGCCAAGGACGCAACGGCCUCACCCUCAACGCUUUCGCCUUCGAAGCCGUCGUCAACGGGGUUUGAAUCCGUCACGUCGCCUAUCCUCGACCCACGCGACAGACAUGAAACCGACUCUUACUGGCCCGUAUUCGAGACCAAAGACCAAAUCCCCGCGUGGCUGCGCGACAAUGAUUACAUCAUGGGAAGCCACCCAAUGCCAACCUAUUCCUACAGACGCUUAUGGCGUCUUUGGCGCUGUCUGCACAUGGAGACCAUGAACAUCUGGACACACCUCCUCGGAGCCGCAGCCUUUUUGACAGCCGGCGUGACACUGUACAAGUACACCUCGGCCUCGGGCGCUUUCCGUCUCGCCGCAGGCGACAAGUUUGCAUUCGGCGGCUUUCUCACCUCAGCCACCCUCUGCUUCGGGCUGAGCACCGCGUUCCACACUCUGAGGAGCCACUCGUACAACACCCAUCACUUUUGGGGGAAGAUGGAUAUCCUCGGCAUCUGCGUGCUCGCCCUCGGCGCCGGGACUUCCAUGACCUACUACGCGUUUUACUGCCGGCCGGUCGUGCAGCGGGUGUACUGGAGCCUCAACCUCUGCUCCGCCCUCGCCGCCGCGUUCACGCUCUUCGACACGGGCGGCGGGGGCAGCAAGAUGAGGACCCUCCGCGGUGGGGUCUUCGGCCUACUCACCCUGUCGGCCAUGCUGCCGCUGUUCCACGGCGCCGGCGAAAUGGGCUGGGCCCUGGCAUGCGAGGAGAUCGGCGCCGCUUGGUACCUUGCCGAGGGACUGUCUCUCUUGGUCGGGGUGUGCCUGUUCGUGGGUCGGAUCCCCGAGAGGUUUCGUCCCGGGCUCGUUCGACAUCUGGGGUCAUUCGCACCAGCUUUUCCACGUGUUUGCUGUGCUUGGUGGGGCUUUCCAUGUUUGCGCUGGCGGCCGGGUACCGCUAUCGCCAAGCGUUUCCUCAGUGCUGAUGGCCUUACUAUCGAACUUAGCCUUGUAUCUAGUGCCAAUCCCUAAUUCCAGACCUCCUUUUCGUCCCCCUAGAGGAGGGAGGCCCAAAACCUGUCCCGUUAGAGAGUCGCGUAAAGUUGACAAGUUUCGUAGCAUGGUGAGCCGGGGGCGAAGCGAGCCUGAGUUCUUGACUAACAAACCUGGGG